CAAGUACAUUCUUGGCAUUUUCUCUUAUUUCUUUUUCAUGCCCCACUUUCACUUCUCUUUCUCUUCUUCCAACUCUUCAAUCCCUUCAAUCCUUCAAUUCAAGUUUCAACCACUUUUUCCACUUCCCUCUCUCUCAAUCUCUCAAUGGAUGCAAAACCUCCUCAACUUGCUGCACAACCUUUCAACUAUCAGACAUGGUUCUUGAAAGUUUCAAUCCACUGUGAAGGUUGCAGGAGGAAAGUGAAGAAAGUUCUGAAGAGCAUUGAUGGUGUUUUCACUGCAACAAUAGACCCACAGCAGAACAAAGUAACAGUCACUGGAAGUGUUGCUGUUGAGACCCUUCUCAGGAAGCUCGUCAGAGCCGGAAAACAAGCCGAGAUUUGGCCGGAGAAUGACGGAAAAAUCUCCGGCAAUGGGCAGCAGCAGCAGCAGCAGAAGAAGAAGAAUGAAGCAAGAGAACUACAGAGGGUGGAAAAUUACAAGGGAACUAAAAAUGCUUCUGCCAAGUUUAACAGUGAGAAAAAAAACAGCAGCAAUAACUCGCCGGGAAAGUCCCCCUCCGGUGACCAGAGGCCGUCGGAGGGUGGUCGGAGGGAAGGUGGUGGUGGCUCUGCUAUGAAGAAGAAGAAGAAAAAAUUGCAGAGUGGUGGUGGGAAUGCAAACAUUGGUUUGAGUUCGGUGGAAGCAGCAGCAAGUACCGGUGCACCUGCACACACUGGAUUGCAGUUUCAGGAUCUGGGCCCAGUGAAUGUGAACCCUACACGUCAGUAUUUGCUAUUGUAUCCUUCUUACUACGUUCCAUCUUCACCCUACACGUGUGCUGGUGUUGACCAAGAUUGGCAUCACUUCCAAUCACCACCGUUGGUUUCCUUUGAGAUAUUCAGUGAUGAAAACGUUAAUGGGUGUUCUGUUAUAUGAGACUUGAAAGUAAAGAGAGUGUUGCAUCGUAUGGAUAUUAUUAUUAUAUGGUAUGGAUAUUAUUAUUAUAUGGUAUGGAUAUUAUUAUUAUUAUUAUUAUUAUUAUUAUUUUAUUUCCUA